GCCAUUUUGUUGAGGGCUGCCUCUUAUAGCCGGGGGCGGCUUGGAGCGCUCCGCUCCUGUGGGGCCGUGGCGCCAGCGGCAGAAGAAGAAGAGGAGGAGGAGGAGGAAGGGGAGAAGGAAGAAGAGAAGGAGGGAGUCUUUCUCGGCCCCGGCUUCGGCAGCUGCUUUUCCCCUUCUAUAGCUCGGGAGCCUGGAGAAAAAAAAGGGAGGGGAGGGCUCCGCCGGGCCCCGAGGAGACUGCGAUGGUUCCCCGCUGCCGCAGCUUCCUGACGCCCCUCCAUGGCGUCCGCGCCCCCGGUGCUUCUGCCGCAGGCCCCGUUCCUAGCCCCCAGCGCCUAUCGGCCCCGGAGCUGCUGCCGCCUUUCCACCCCAGAGACUGAUGAAGACCGACCUCGGCGGACGAUGAGAGAGGAAAAAAGCUACUGCUGCCGGGGAACCGCCGGCGACCAGGGCUCGUGCCCCGCGGCCCCGCCGGCGCUAUCUCCCACCACGACCGCGCUCUUUCUCCCGGCGGAGGACGCUGUCACGAGUGGCUGGUCCAGGGCCGGAGGGAGCCUGCCGGGAGGGGAGGAAGAGGAGAGCCGGCUCCUGCAGCUCCUCCGCACGGCGGCGGAGCCGUCCGAGGCCUUCCAGGCUCUGCAGGCUGCCUUGCCCCGGCGCGGCGGGCGCCUCGGUUUUCCAAGACGAAAGGAAGCGCUCUACCGGGCCCUGGGCCGGGUGCUGGUGGAGGGGGCCCUGGAAGAGAAGCGACUUUGCUUGCAACUUCUCUCCGACGUGCUCCGGGGUCAGGGGGACGCGGGCCAGUUGGAAGAGGCCUUCAGCCUGGCUCUUCUGCCGCAGCUCGUGGUCUCUUUGCGAGAGGAGAACCCGGCCUUGAGGAAGGACGCACUGCAGGUCCUGCACCAGUGUUUGAAGCGGAGCCCCAUGCAGGUGCUGCAGGUGCUCAUUCAGCGAGGCCUGGAGAGCGCCGAUGCCCGGCUCCGGGCUUCCACUGCGCUCCUGCUCCCCAUUUUGCUCACUCCCCCGGAUCUGUUGUUCGGCCUGGAUCUCACCGAGAUCACGCUGUCCCUGGCCCGCAAGCUUGGGGAACAGGAGGAAGAAGAAGAGGCUGAGAUAGCUUUUUCUGCACUGCAGCAGAUAGGGGAGCGCCUGGGCCAAGACCGGUUUCAGUCUUACAUCUCUCGCCUGCCCUCAGCCCUGAGGAGACACUACAAUCGUCGUAUAGAGUCCCAGUUUGGGGCUCAGGUUCCUCAUUAUUUGGACCUGGAAACCUCAGAGUUUCCUGAAGAUCCCCUCCCCUGCCCGGCAACACCUUCCAGUAGCCACCUCAAGUUUGGUGUUGUUCCCCAGGAGCUGCAUUCCCGGUUGCUAGAUCAGGAGGACUAUAAGAGUCGGACUCAAGCUGUGGAGGAACUCAAGCAGGUGCUGGGAAGGUUUAGCCCUGUCUCCACUCCUCACUCUAGUCUUGUAGGUUUCAUUAGCUUAUUGUAUAACUUGUUAGAUGAUUCUAACUUCAAAGUGGUUCACGGCACACUUCAGGUACUGCACCUGUUGGUGACCCGCCUUGGGGAACAGGUACAACAAUUCUUGGGACCAAUCAUUGCUGCCACAGUCAAAGUACUAGCAGACAACAAGUUGGUGAUCAAGCAAGAAUACAUGAAAAUUUUCCUUAAGCUGAUGAAGGAAGUAGGACCUCAGCAGGUGCUGUGUUUGUUGCUGGAACAUCUCAAACAUAAGCAUUCCAGAGUGAGAGAAGAGGUGGUGAAUAUAAGCAUUUGCUCCUUGCUGACCUAUCCAAGUGAGGAUUUUGACUUGCCCAAACUGGCUUUUGGUCUUGCCCCAGCUCUAGUUGAUAGUAAGCGUAGGGUACGCCAAGCUGCUCUGGAGGCCUUUGCUGUGUUGGCAUCUUCAAUGGGCACAGGUAAAACCAGUGUACUUUUCAGAGCUGUUGAUGCUGUUGAACUUCAAGAUAAUGGAGAUGGAGUGAUGAAUGCUGUGCAAGCCAGAUUAGCUAGGAAAACUCUUCCAAAGCUAACAGAAGAGGGAUUUGUGGAGUAUGCCAUACUCAUGCCAUCUUCUGCCCAGGGCAGAUCAACCCAGUUGCCCCAUGGAGCGGAUACAGACUGGCUUCUGGCAGGUAACAGAACUCAAAGCGCACACUGUCAUUGUGGUGACCAUUCAAGGGAUAGUAUACAGAUGUAUGGCUCUUAUAGUCCAUCUGCUGAUCAGACUAUCUGUACUCGAAGGGUGUUAAGUGCAGGAAAAGGAAAAAAUAAAUUACCUUGGGAAAAUGACCAACCUGGAGGCGUGGGAGAAAACCGGACAUCCUAUUCAAAGGAAAUAGAGCAGUUCUCUGCAUAUGAUUUCAUCCCAGCUCCAAAAUUAAGGCCCUCUCAAGGAAUGCCAGUCAGUGAUGAUUUAUGUUUUAGCAGAAAAAGAGUGUCAAGAAAUUUAUUUCAGAAUAGCUUGGAUUUUAACCCAGAGCUGCCUCAUGUAUAUGCUGGUACCAUUGGGUCUCAGCAAACAAACAUUUCAGGGAAAUGCGGACAGCUAGGCUUUUCACAGAUGAGUGGAAAAAGUGGCAGUGUGGAUUCUGAUUUGCAAUUUUUAGGAGCAAAUAAUAGCCGUCAGGAUAAAGUGUGUGCAAGCCUAAAUUUUGGCAGUAAAACUCAACAAACAUUUGGUAGUCCUGCAGAGCAUACUUUAUCAUAUCCUAGUCCCAAUACAAGCCAGGGAGCUCUCAUCCUUCCAUCCUAUCCACUCUCCUCACCUCGAACCAGUCCAAAACACACAUCUCCUCUUAAUGGAUCUCCAAAGAAGUCUCAAGAUAAUUCUAUUAACUUCUCAAAUUCCUGGCCUCUUAAGAGUUUUGAAGGGCUCCCAAAGCCAAGUCCACAGAAAAAGCUCUUCAGUCAAAAAUCAGUGGAUGCUUCAGGAGAAAAUUCACAAGAAAAACCUUCUCCAAUACAACUUAAACCUGCAUUAGUGAGAUCACCAUCUUCCCGGAGAGGCCUAAAUGGAACAAAACCAGUUCCGCCAAUUCCACGGGGGAUAAGCCUAUUGCCCGAUAAAGCAGAUUUUAUCACUGUGGAAUAUGAAAAAAAAGAUCAUAUUUGGAGGAAUGGAAAAGAUAAUCUUGCAGUUGAUCUUUCUGAAUUAAAUGUCAGAGAUAAAGAAUCAGAUCAGGAAGAGAUGCAGAGCUCUCUUAGAUCUCUUCGUAAUAGUGCAGCUAAGAAAAGGGCGAAGCUGAGUGGCAGUACUUCUGACCUUGAAAGCCCAGAUUCUGCAAUUAAGCUCGACUUGAAUAUGGACUCCCCAUCCCGGUCGUCAUCUCCAAACGUCAGCUCAUACAGUGAAAGUGGAGUUUACAGCCAAGAGUCUUUGACUUCUUCUCUGUCAACAACUCCCCAGGGAAAGAGAAUAAUGGCAGACAUAUUUCCCACAUUUGGAUCCAAACCUUAUUCAACAAGACUCUCCUCUGCAAAAAAUAAGAAUUCUCAUGUAGUGGAACAGAGCUCCAAUUCAGGAAUUACAUCGAAUGUGAGCAUAAUUGGCCAGCGCAUGAACUAUGGGUAUGGUUGUGGUGAUUUUGAAGAUGACAGGUCACGAGAUGUUUCACCUACUGUUUUUAAAAUCCAAAAUAAAGAACACCUGAAGCAUUAUAAACAUGCAAAAGGAUUUACAGGGUCAUCAAAUUUACAGCAAAUUUCCAAUUUUGACUUCACUUCAACAAAUGCCUUAUCAGAAGACUCAGUAGUAGUUGUUGGAAAAGGUGUUUUUGGAAUCUCAAGUUCAGUUCCAGUUACAAGCAACCAAUCAGUGAUACCUCCUGUGGAAAAUGGGGAUACAUUCUCUAUUAAACCAAGCAUUGAGCCACCAUCAGGGAUUUAUGGAAGAGCAGUCCAACAGAACAGUCUACCAUAUCUGGAUGUUGAGAAUGAAAAAGAUAUUAAAGCUUCUGUUUCAAAAUCCACUUAUGACAAGAUGAGACAGAAGAGAAAGGAAGAAAAAGAGAUAAGUCAUAAAAAACUUUUUGAAGUCAAAGAUCAUGAGAAAAAGGAACUUAAUUCCAGAGAACAAAUUAAGCAUACUGAAGCUGAGAGAACGGCAACAGAAAGUGAAGUGUCUCCUGGGGCCAGACCACAAUACAAAGAAAGAAUCCCAUCUGUCACACAUAGUCCAGAAAUAAUGGAUCCAUCUGAACUGAGGCCUUUUUCCAAACCAGAAGUAGCACUUACAGAAGCCUUAAGACUGUUAGCUGACGAUGAUUGGGAAAAAAAAAUUGAAGGAUUGAAUUUUAUACGAUGUUUAUCUGCUUUUCAUUCUGAUGUCUUGACUGUAAAGUUGCAUGAAACAAGUUUUGCUGUUGUUCAAGAGGUGAAGAAUUUACGCUCUGGAGUUUCUCGUGCUGCUGUGGUCUGUUUAGGUGAUCUCUUUACUCAUCUGAAAAAGAAUAUGGAUCAAGAAAUAGAUAACACAGUAAAAGUUCUGUUGCAUAAAGCUGGUGAAUCAAACACAUUUAUAAGAGAAGAUGUAGACAAAGCAUUGAAGGCCAUGGUUAAUAAUGUAACUCCAGCACGUGCAAUUAGUUCUCUAAUAAAUGGAGGACAAAGUCAUUUACACAUUGCUGUACGAAGAUGUACAGCCCAGCACUUGUCUGAUGUGGUGGAGCAAAUCGAACCAGAACGAAUUUUGUCAGGAACAAAAGACCUGGCCGACCGGAUAUUGCCAGCUGCUGCUAAGUUUGCACAAGACAGCUCACAAGAAACUAGGUAUUACGGUCGAAAGAUGCUGUUCCUCAUGAUGUCCCAUCCUAACUUUGACAAAAUGCUUGAAAAAUACAUCCCAUGUAAAGAUUUGCUUUAUAUUAAAGAAUCUGUUAAAAACUUACGUCAAAAGGGAUUAGGAGAGAUACCAUUAGAUACUCCAUCAGCCAAAGGAAGGCGUUCUCAUGCUGGCAGUAUUGGAAGUACAAGGUCAUCCUCUGUUUCUAGAGAUGUUCUCAAUUCAACUGAAAGGGAGACUAUAGACAUACGUGAAAUAAGAAAAACCAUUCCCCGCAAUUCUUCAGAAAGUGCUGAAUAUAUUAAAGUUAUAACAGGUUUAUUGAAUGCAAAAGACUUCCGAGAUCGAAUUAAUGGAAUCAAGCAACUUUUAUCAGACACUGAAAACAAUCAGGAACUUGUUGUUGGAAACAUUGUAAAGAUCUUUGAUGCUUUUAAAUCUCGGCUACAUGACUCAAAUAGUAAAGUAAAUCUAAUAGCUCUGGAAACAAUGCAUAAAAUGAUUCCUUUGCUCAGAGAUAACUUAUCACCUGUAAUCAACAUGCUCAUUCCUGCAAUAGUGGAUAACAAUCUAAAUUCCAAGAAUCCAGGAAUUUACGCUGCUGCCACAAAUGUUAUUCAUGCUCUGAGUCAGCAUAUUGACAAUUACCUACUUCUACAAACUUUCUGUACAAAAGCACAGUUUUUAAAUGGAAAAGCAAAACAGGAUAUGACUGAAAAGCUUGCUGAUCUUGUUAUGGAUCUCUAUCAAAGGAAACCUCACGCAGUAGAACAGAAGGUGGUGGCUGUCCUCUGGCACCUCUUAGGCAACAUGACGAACAGUGGCUUCCUACCUGGAGCUGGAGGGAAUAUCCGAACAGCCACAGCUAAAUUAUCAAAAGCACUUUUUGCACAAAUGGGUCACAGUCUACUAAACCAGGCUGCAUCUCAGUCACCACAGAUUAAAAAGACUUUAGAAGAAUUGCUUGAAAUGACAACUUAAAAUGAAUUAUGUAUGUUACUCCGUUAAUAUGUAAUGCAAUAAGAUAGGCUAAAAAUACCUGUUUACAUGAAGACAGAUGGAGCCUUUUUAAAAGUUAUAUUGUCACAGUACCUACCCUUUUCAUUUAGAAACUAUCUAGAAUGGCAGCUUUUGACAGCUUGCAAAGCACACCUCUGUUUCAUACUAGCACUACUACUCAUGAUCAAACCUCUAACACACAUGAAACAGUCAGUAUAACACUCACAAAUUCUAUUUGAGAACACAUGGAAUGAAUCCAUCUUUAACAUUUAUGAGGAAAGUCCUGCUCAUUUGCACUCCUCUGUAGAAACUGCAGUAUGUUGCCCUAUAUGUACAAUUAGAUUUGUAAUUAAAAAUAUACUUUUUAUUAUGUAAUCAUGUUCUGAUAUGUCUUAUUACUUAGCCUUAUUUUACAAAAGUGGAAAAGAAGUCAUUGAAAUAUAUGUACCACAAAGAGGGAUUUGUUUGCUACUUGUAAAAAAAAACAUGUAUUUCUUAAAUCAGUCCACCAAUAUGAUUGUGCAGUAUUAGCUUGCUAUUGCUGAUAUCUUGAUGUAAUAUAUUUGAUUAACUAUUGGGCAUUAUCAUCUAUGUAACUGUAAGAUUUAAAUAACUUAUAAUAAAGCAUGAUGACAAAUUUUUAGGAAACAGAUUUUCAAAUAUUUCAAAGUACACGUUUAUUUAAGAAAACGUGUUAAAUAUAACUUCCCUAUCUUUGUGUGAAAACACUAAAUUUUCUCUCUGCCCAACAUUUAUAAAGGUAUUAUAUCUCUGCCCAGUUGUAUAAUCUUCAACAAUAGUGCCAGGUAUUCUAUAGAUUUUCUCAAGGUUAUCCAGAUACAAGUACUGUACUACAUUUUAAAAAGGAAAAGGAAUGUUAUAAAAUAAAGGGAUUUAUUUCUGUA